AUGCCAUCAGGGAGAAAGAGCUGGCGUCGCAACACCUUCGCCAAGGCACUUGCCGAACAGCUCCGCAUCCAGAGCCUGGGUGACACCCGCGGGCCAGAAGCCGGCGCCUCCACCUCCAACUCGCUCAGACUCACCGCAUCGCCGUCGAGCUCUUGUUUACCUACACGGCUCACUGUUCCUAGUAGUAGUGCUCUCAAGGCAGAGGGCAGCCGACCGGCUAUCCCAUUGGGUCCGACAAGGCUUGGAUUCGGAUGUCACCUGGCCCCGGUCCAAGCUCUCUAG